GGCGUGUGCGUGCGGUGCAACUAGAGGACGAGUGGCUCCAUCAGACCCACGAACAUUCAGCUCGGUCAUCGAACGGGAAGCCGACGGUCGAGACGGCGUCGAGUUUAUUUCACAAUCUAGUCGCUGCUAGAUUCGUAUCCACCAUGAAGACACUUUGGGUCGUCAGCGUCCUUCUGUUGAGCUGCUGGCGAGCAAACGCGUCCACAGCGGGUUUUAUCAAGUCUCCUCUAUCACGGAUGAAGUUGAUCAAUGACAGUGCUGAGCUGCACUGUGAGGUCAUUGGGGAACCCAUUCCUGAGGUUCAGUGGUGGUUCAUAGAGGGCGAAGAAUCCAACGAGACCUCGACACAGCUUUUUGAUGGUGCACGAGAUGACCGCGUGCAAAUAAAUGCCACAUAUAUCGCACACGCCACCAGCACCAUUUAUCUCACUAGCCUUACCCUAGACGACUCGGGUACAUACGAGUGCCGGGCUUCAAACGACCCUGACCGCAACGAACUGAAGAAGACGCCUAAAAUCAAGUGGAUCCGCUCGCAGGCAAAUGUUAUUGUCAUUGAAAGUCCGCAAAUCAUCACGGAUCCUGUUGAGGUCAGCAACCAGACCUCUGCUACACUCACCUGCAACUUGACAGAGACAACUCUUCCAGUUAAGGGCUCCCACUGGCUUCACAACGGCAAAAUUAUCGACAAGUCCAAAUCCACUGAAUCCAAAACAUACACUGUUUACAGUUUGGAAAAGAUCACCCAUAGUAGUGGUGGGAAAUAUGAGUGUGUAUUCCUGACUGAGCCAGUGGUGCAGCAGACCAUUGAAGUCAAAACCCUUCCUCACGUUUCUGCCUACAAGCACUCCGAGCAUGGCAACGAGCAGGACAAAGGAGUAAUGGUGUGCGUGAGCCACAGUUAUCCCCUGCCAACCUCCUGGAUGUGGUACAGGGAAGACGAUGGCAGCCCGACAGCCAUUGUCAAUGGAACCAGCAAAUAUGAGAUCAAGAGUACCCCCGAGAAGACCACCUUGACUGUGAAUGACCUGGACAUGGAGACUGACAUUGCCGACUACACCUGCACUGGUACGAAUGACCUGGGAUCCAGCAGCGACAAAAUCCACCUGCGCGUCCGCAGCCGCCUGGCGGCUCUGUGGCCCUUCCUGGGUAUUCUGGCCGAGGUCAUCAUCUUGGUGACCAUUAUCCUCAUCUAUGAGAAGAGGAGAAAGCCUGAUGAGGUCACUGACGAUGACGACUCAGGUGCUGCUCCCCUGAAGAGCAAUUCCACCACCAACCACAAAGACAAGAAUGUGAGGCAAAGGAACUCCAACUAGACACAAAAGGUGGACGUCCAGCUGGCAGAGGCAUACUCAGCUGCUGUGUGGCACAUUCUAUGAUACAACUAUGGUUUUAAGUACCUUUUUGUGUUUGAGUGUAAUGUAAUAAGAAACUUACUUCCUUGACUUUAAUUUUCUUUCCUGCUCUCCUCCUCUCCACUCAGCGUGGCUGGAGAAGUAUGUGCGACUUACAUUCUGCUUGAGGCUUUGGGCGAAUAUUGCAUGAGACGAAGUGGCGUUUUUAGCUUCCGUGUGUGUUCAGUGUAGAAAGAUCCAAAUGUUGAAUGCUUAGUUAGUGUUGAUCUUCUCUUCACUCACUCUUGUCAGUCUUUAUGGUUUCAUAUACUCUCAAGAAACGACUACUAGCAGCACAAGACAUUUCGAUCCUGACGCAUCACUCCCCUCUCAUAGCUUAAUAGCAGGAGGAACACUGCAUCUCAUCCCUUCGCCACUACAGUUUUUUUUUCUUUUGCCUUAAUGAGCAUCACUUUUUCAUGUUACAAAAUGAAUGUAACAUAUUUCAUUGAAGGAAUACUCAUCUACUUUUUCUUUUUGCCAUGAUAAAGUUUUUAUCAACAAUUUUAUUUUGCUUCUUGUUUGUUGGUUUUAAACGCCGUUUUAACAGAAGGACCAACUGCAAUAUCUUGUUUGACUUAUAUUUGACCACUGAUGGUUUUCUGAGGUAGAACACUUGUGCGGACUGUUAGGACGCCUCAUCGUUCCAUCACUGUGUACACGAAUCGGAAGCCAUACGUUUCAUUAAACCUAUUGUGAUCGGAUGUGUCCAUUUGCAGUUUGUUCACCAUAAUAACCUGAGCUGUAUAGAACCUCGAAGUACAUCAACUACCAUCCUCUUGUACAGAGGCACAAUCUGAAUAAAGGUAUUUGAUUUAA